UACUUUCUCUCAGAAUUGAAUAGUUUCUUUUUCUCUUUAUUUCCAAGAAAGCCACUUAUUUAUUUUGGUUGAACCCAUUUGUUCCUGUGUUUGUGUGGUGUGGGAACGGUAGAUUUGGGAAGUUACAUGUUUGUAAAUAUGCUGAAUUUUUUCUGAUUUACAGUACUGACAAAUCGUAAAAAUAACUUACACAUUGCCGGUAAUUUAUAGGCUGACUCCAAUAUUUUUAGAUGCAAUAAAAUUGAAAUAGACUAUUUUUAACACAACGAAAAAUAAAUGUAGAAACUAUAACUGAAUAGAUAACUAAAUACAUAUUUAUGUUGUCAUGUGAGGGUUUGGGGGGACUUGGAGUCAUGAUCUCAGUAUUUCUACAGUCCGGGGUACGUACGGUCCUGAUAAACACACAUGAAUCAUCAUCAUUACACCGGGGACCUCCUGGAAACCCUUCAACGACCCUUGGGGCACCUUGGACACCACCUUGGGAACUAUUAAUGAUCUGCUGCUCCCUCGCCAGGCGGGGCCAUGACAGACAGGUGGCGCUGGUUCACUGGCGCUGAUGGGUCGGCCAGUCGGAAGGAGCAGAAGUUUGUUCUGCGUUGUGUUUUUACGCAGGCGCAGAUCGCACUGUUUGUCCAGUUUCGUUGGUUGACUUUUACCUGUGAGGUAGACUAGUUUCGGUUCGCCGGUGGGAAUAAGCAACAACAACCACCGGGGUCCGGUCCCGAGGUGACAAGACUUUCCUCCUCCCUCCCUGGCGCCGUGUGACUCAGGGGCUCACUGCGGAGCGACAGACGGGAUUUCUCCGGAAUUUUAGAGUCGGUGCGCAACAGCGAGCAAAGCAGGAGGCAGGUGCACGGGAGAGGAGGACAGGACAGGAGGAGGUGGAGGGCUUCUUGUAUUUCCGUGAGAGAGUCCUGUCGUUCACACCGGGCCGAAUGAUUGGAAAUCAACUGGUUGGCGCCUCGGUGGUCGAUCUGUGUUAGUUUCAUUAGUAUGCGGCAGGAGUCCCCCCGCUGCUGCCGACAUCCAGCCUGAGGACUGAUCGGCAGCCCUGAAGUCUCCGUGCCUGCUAAGUGACUCCUGGCCCCGGGGAGGACGAGGAGGAGGCGGCGGCAGCAGAAGCAGGACCCCGGCUGCACCGACUGUUGUGUGGAACAGUUUUCACGGACGCAGCACCGACCUCCUCGCCUUGUGGAUCAGGAAGAUGAUGGGCUUUCUGCGCCGGACGUUCAGCCGCCGCUCCCGGAGCCGCUUCCAGACGAGAGAGGGGGACGAACGGGACGGGAAAGGGGGAGGAGAAGGAGGGGGAGGAGGAGCAGGAGGGGUGACCGGGAACCCCCUGCUCCUGGCCCAUCAGCAGCAGGUCGUACACGCGCCCGCCGUGGUCACCGGGGGAGCGUCGAUUCACAUCCCAGCAGCCGGGGCGGCGAGGACCACCAUCACCUGCCGCGUCCUGCUGCUGGACGGCUCGGAUGUCAAUGUGGAUUUGCCUAGUAAGUCCAAAGGCCAGGACCUUUUUGACCAGAUCAUGUAUCACAUAGAUCUGGUUGAGACAGACUACUUUGGAUUGCAGUACAUGGACACAGAACAAGUCUCACACUGGCUGGAUAUGUCAAAGCUUAUAAAGAAACAGAUCCGAGACAGGCCUCCAUACAGACUGUUCUUCAGAGUGAAAUUUUACUCUUCAGAGCCAAAUAACCUGCGUGAGGAAUUUACAAGGUAUCUGUUUGUGUUGCAGCUUCGACAAGAUAUUCUGUCUGGCAAAUUGAAAUGUCCGUAUGAUGUCUCAGUAGAGCUCGCGGCAUAUUGUUUACAAAGUGAGCUGGGAGACUGCGAUCCCUUGGAUCACUCUCCUGUGCUGGUGUCUGAGUUUCGUUUUAGUCCCAAACAAAGCGAGGCCAUGGAGGCGGACAUCUUCGGCAGGUGGUUGGAGCUCAGGGGAAAGAGCCCGUCUCAAGCAGAGAUUUCUUUUCUCAACAAAUGCAAGUGGCUGGAACUUUACGGAGUAGAUAUGCACUUUGUCAAGGGUAGAGAUGGAGGAGAAUAUGCACUAGGUCUCACUCCUACAGGCAUCUUAGUAUUUGAAGGCUCCAACAAAAUCGGCCUCUUCUUUUGGCCCAAAAUCACUCGGCUGGACUUUAGAAAGAGUCGUCUCACGUUGGUCGUAGUGGAGGACGACGACCAGGGUCGGGAGCAGGAGCAUACGUUUUUGUUUCAGCUGGACAGUGCCAAGACCUGCAAACACCUGUGGAAGUGUGCCGUGGAGAGCCACGCCUUCUUCCGCCUACGUCAACCAACCACAGGCAAGGCCAGCCACAGCGACUUUACACGACUCGGGUCCCGCUUCAGAUUCAGUGGUAAGACGGAGUAUCAGGCCACUCACGGAGGCAGACUGAGGAGAGCCAGCACAUUCGAGAGAAGGCCAAGCAAGAGAUACCCCUCCCGCACACAGUCACUGGGCAAAGCUGCCAUUUCCCCAGCCAAGCCACAUAUCAGCUCUCAUGCCAGCCCUGAUCCCAGCCUUCAUCCACAUCUCUUCAAUCCGUCUCCUCCCCUCCAGUACCAGCACAACAUUCCCAUUGGUCACGAGCCGUGGCAUUCGCCCCACCCUGCUCUCACACCCCCAGUUUACCUGCAGUCGUCUGGACACACACCAUCACACAGUUUCCCUCUGAGUGGUCCUACUUCAGACCAUCAGUUCAGCAUCGAAGAGAAUGAGACUUUGUAUUCUGGCAAGAUCCACCACCAUCACCGUCGCCACACACAUAGCCAGGAGACGCUCUGCCACACACACACCAAGAACAAACGUCGAGCUCCUCCCUGCCCUGCAGAUGAGCUGGACAUCUCUCAGUCUCUGCUCAAAGCUCUGGAGUCAGACAGUGAUUCUCCCCCCUGGCCCUCGCUGCACGUCAACAUGGACAACAAGGGAGAGGAGAAGCAGCUGUCUGAAAAGUCUCUGCACCCUCCUGCCUCUCCGGCGAUGCUCCCUGACCACCUUAAGUGUAACAUCCUCAAGGCCCAGAUGGAGGCGGCUUUCAGGAAGGAAGCUCCAAUGACACCUAGAGGGAAGAACUCAAACGAGACCCUCAAUGACAGGUACCAGAGCUCGUCCCAAGACUCAGCUGCAUCCAGUCUGACUGCAGACAAGACGCCACAUCGGCAAGACCGCAACCCGACGCCGGAGAGGCUGCAGUCCAAAGCCAACACAAGCACCACCCGCAGAAAACGACUGGUCAGACAGUUCAGCUUUAACCAUGAAGAUGAAGAUAAUCUCCCAGAAGCACUUGCAGCCAUCUCUUCCGAGUGUACAGGAAAGGCAGGAUCUACCAGCUCAUUGGACAAACAGAUACAGCCGUCCAUAUACCCACAGGUGGAUAAUAUGCCAGCACUGGAGCUGGGUAGUCCAUGCUGUCCCUCUCCUUCGCCUUCUCCCCAUCUCUCCCCUUCCUACUACCGUAGCUCCAUUCCUCACCUGGUCCCUUACCUUGCUGUCCAUAACGACAGCGGAGAGGAAAUGAGGUUGGACAGAGAGAAGAUACUAAGAGCCCUCCUGAUGACAGAACUCUGAGACCUUGACCCUUGACCCCUGUGACAUCAUCGCCAGGCGCAGCAGACCUUAAGUGAGGAAAGUGGAAGCAGAAACAGAAGACCCAAAGUCGCUGGCUGCAAUCAACGUGUAUAUUUGCAUGAUGCGUUCAGCAGUUAUAAAUAUAUAUUUGCAUAAAGGCAAUUCUUAUUGCCUAACUCUUAUUUUAGAAGGACAGCUCUUUUUAUUCAUCAAAUGGAAACUGUAAAAACUAUAAGUGAGAUAAAACAAAAUGGACUCAAUGGCUAACUGACUGACACACACACACACACACACACACACACACACACACACAAACACACUACAGACGAGCUACAGAUGUGACUGGUGCUGCCUGCAUGAUAUUUAUGUUACAUGAUGAAAUAUUUAUCUGAUUUGUUUUAGGGUUAUGUUUAAGUUUUAUGUGAUUUCAUCAACACUGUGUCCAUGUUGAUGCCUAAACUGUGUUUCAGACGACUGUUGAAGCAUUGAUUUCUACUCUUUAAAAAACAGUGGCUGGAAAAUGAAAGUCAAUUCACUUUCAAGUCAGUUUGUUCAAAAUGUAAAUAGACAUUGUAAUUAAUAUGCUGAUAACACAGAAGGCAUUUUAAAUGCUUACAUCCUUAUUGUAUUUAUAAAAUGUCAGAUAACCAUUUUGACAUGCCAAAACAAUUGCAGCAUUUGAGAUUUAAGAAACUUCCUGAACAGAGGGAUUUGAAAGUGAAUUCUGACUUGCACUGCGAGGCUGAGCAGCUGCAGUCUCAAUCUGCCCACUAGAAGGAGACAAAUCUGCAGACACAGCUCCUGUGGCAGCUGAACACAUUGAUCCUGUGUUGCCAUGAGGAACAGAUCAUGGAUCACUUUGCUAUUGUAUACAUGCAGUUUGAGUUUUCAUCACAGAUCAAAUGCAAAACUGAUCUCAGAAGUCAUGUUCUUGGAAAUUAGCUAUAGUUUAAGCAUAACCCUGCUGCUCAACAACUUUAUUUCAGUCCUUGUUUUGUCACAACCACAUCUGAGGCAGCGUAUGAUCUGCCGCUGUACUGUGUAUGUUGAUUGUGUUGUUCCUGCCCACGGUUGGAUCUUAAUAAAGGCCACAUCAUCAGUUUUACAA